AUGUAUCUUACCAAGACGAUCAACGGGGUUCAGAUAUGCUAUCAGGAGGCCGGUUACGCGGACGGCCCACCCAUCGUACUUGUUUCGGGCUGGGCUCACGAUAUGCGUCUUUACGAUGAAAUGAUUCCUUAUCUCGUUAGGGACCACCGAAUAAUUCGUGUCAAUUGGCGUGGCCAUGCUCCCAAUCGAGACUACACAGAUGAGUUUGGUGUUGGUGAGCAAGUCAGCGACACCAUCGGCCUUUUAAAUGUACUCGGCGUCGAGAAAUUUUACCUUGUAUCACACUCCCACGGCGGAUGGCCAGCUCUCGAGAUCACGGAUAAGCUAGGCAAGGACCGGGUUCUUCGAUUGCUGAUGAUUGAUCAGAUCAUGAGCCCCCCUCCACCGGAAUUUACAAUUGGCCUGAAAGCGAUACAGGCACCUGAAACUUGGCUUGCAGCACGCAAAAGCCUCUUUGAUCACUGGCUGGCGGGAAGUAACAACAAGGGUGUUCAUGACCAUUUGACCUACUGUAUGGGCAGCUAUGGAUACCACAUGUGGUCGCUUUCCUGUCGUGUUAUUGAGGAAGCCUAUCGGGCUCAUGGGUCUCCGAUGGAUCGUAUGCGAAGAAUGGUGAAUCCGCCACCAAUCCGGCAUGUCUUCUCCCAUCCGCUGGACUCCCCUGAGUAUCGUCAGAUGCACAAGAGUUUUUCCGAGGAAAUGAUCUCCUUUUCCUACAAGGACUUGGAAGGCGAGACACAUUUUCCGAGUGUUGAGCUGCCACAGAAAGUGUGCGAAGAAAUUGAGAACUUGAUCGAGACAUUUGAACCACGCUAA